AAGUUUAAGUAUCAUGACUUCAAAGUGGGAGAUUUGAUUCUUGUUGUACGCUCUGAUAUCGCUGCAUCAAAAUUGGUAAAGUUCGAAGAAAAAUUUAAAGGUUCUUAUUAUAUAUAUCAGAAACUAGAAAACGAUGCUUAUAAACUACAAACUAAAGAACAUGACCAA